UUUGGCAGAAAUCAGGAAAAACUACUUCUGAUGAGGCCAUCAGAAGUGGCUGCCAUGGUGGUGGUGUUGCUCCUGGCCACGGCGGCUGCAGCAGCUAACCAGGUGAUGGUGCUGGAGCGGGUGGUGCCGCUCAAGGGGGUCCCACUGGGGGAUCCCAGGGAGCUGGACAGGGCGAGGCAGGCGAGGAUGGGUGUGGUAAAUGUCCCUGUGCAGGGCAACGCCAACCCAUUCGCUGAUGAGAUUUAUUAUACUAAUGUGAAAUUAGGAAACCCUCCAAAAGAACAUACUUUCCAAAUUGACACUGGAAGUGACAUCUCGUGGGUUGCUUGCAAGGGCUGCAGGGGUUGCUCGACAAGAAGUCCUCUCAAGAUCCCAAUAGAGUUAUACAAUCCCAACUCUUCAUCGACAUCGUCCAGAAUACUAUGCUCGGAUAGUAGCUGUACACUUGCCGACAAUUCAGGAUCAAAAGUCUGCCAUACCUCAGAUUCCACAAGCAGUCUAUGUGGUUAUAAUCUAACAUAUGGUGAUGGAACUGGAGUGUCGGGUUAUUACGUGUCUGACACUAUGCAUCUCGACACUAUCAUGGGAAAUCAACAUUUUGCCAAUGCUUCUGCAUCUGUUGUUUUUGGAUGUACCGAAUCGCUAUCAGGAUUCAUAUAUAUAGAUGGGAUUCUGGCAUUUGGACAGCAGCAACUUUCUAUCAUUUCACAACUGAACUCUUUGGGUGUAUCCCCUAAAAAGUUCUCACAUUGCUUGAAAGGUUCCGAAGAAGGUGGUGGCAUUUUUCUUCUUGGUGAAAUCGUGGAGCCAAGAUUAGUAUUUACUCCACUUGCAGGGCCUCAUUACAACUUGAAUCAGGAGGGCAUUGCUAUCAAUGGCCAAAACCUGCCCAUUGAUUCUUCCUUGUUUGCAACAUCAAAUAAACAAGGACCAAUAGUAGACUCAGGAACAACCCUAACAUACCUUCUAGACGAAGUCUAUGAUGGAUUUGUUAGUGCGAUAGUUGCAGGGGUCUCUCCAUCUGUACGUCCUCUUGGCACCGAGCGGGUUGAGAAGAGGGACAAGUGUUUCCUUUCUUCUAGCAGCAUUGACUUGUUAUUUCCAACCGUCACACUAUAUUUUAAGGGAGGUGCUGCAAUGACAAUGAAGCCACGAAACUAUCUUUUGCUGCAGGGUUAUGUGGGCAAUGAUACUGUGUGGUGCAUUGGCUGGCAAAGUACCAAGGAAAUCCAGAAUGGCCAUGGAAUCACUGUACUCGGAGAUCUUGCUUUACAUGAUAAGAUAUUUGUGUAUGACUUAGAGAAGAUGCGCUUCGGCUGGAUGGACUACAAUUGCUCCUUAAUCAAUAGGAACACCCGGUUUGGUGUGAGUGGCGCAUCAUCAUACUGCAGCCGCUUGAUACCUAUUGGAGUGGCUGUUGUAUGGUUGGUCAGCCUUCUCACGUAGCAUGAGAGCAAAAUCAGAGUAGAAAAAUUGAGGACAAUGCCAGUAGGAGAGUUACUUUGGGGACUGAUUGUACCAUAACUCUGCAUUUUGUAAGGGUUAUUAGAAGUACAUUUGAAUUAACUAUUAGACUUGUUUAUUACUGGAGUAAAAUGCAUUUUAAUCUAAAGUUGUAGAGGCCCAACAUAAAUUGUGAGCCACUGGAUGAGAAUUGUAGAUACUAGUGAGGAAACUCCCGCCUUGGCGCCUUGGGCGCAAACCUUAAGAUACCAUGGUUAAUUAAUCAUGUUUAUGUCAUUUA